GCGCACAGCUGGGAAGAAAGGCGCCGGGAAGAACGGCCAGCCCCCCAGACGCUGGGUGGGCUGCGCCGCGCCACUCGCGGACCUUCCCGGGUUGGAGAGGUGCGCACACUCCGCACCUCACCCAGCGGCUGCCAUCUCCUACUCAGGAGAUGCGCACUGGAGCCUGAGUUCCUGAGUCUUUGGAGCCACCACCUGCGAAUGCCCUUCGCUUCUACUGAGCCAUGCCCGGCAGCCCAGUGAGAUUAUUCCAGGUCUUAGAAGACCGUCUUCAAAAACCCAAAAUGAAGUUCACACUUACACGCUGGUGCUUGACCCUCUUCAUCUUUCUGAAUCGCCCAAUUCCAGUUCUUCCUGCCGCUUCAGAGGUCACCCACCCUCCAACAAUAGAGCCGGAGCCAUUUCUCUACCUUUUAGGAAAGCAGAGACUGUUGGAGGCACAGCACAGAUGCUAUGACCGAAUGCAAAAGUUACCCCCAUACCAAGGAGAAGGUCUGUAUUGCAACCGUACCUGGGAUGGAUGGUCCUGCUGGGAUGACACACCGGCUGGAGUGCUCGCCCAACAGCACUGCCCAGAUUAUUUUCCGGACUUUGAUGUAGCAGAAAAAGUUACAAAGUACUGUGAGGAAGAUGGGCUUUGGUACACGCACCCUGACAGCAACAUAUCCUGGUCCAACUAUACUAUGUGUAACGCUUUCACUCCUGAGAAAAUGCAGAAUGCAUACAUUCUGUACUACUUGGCUAUUGUGGGUCAUUCUAUGUCGAUGUUCACCCUGGUGAUUUCCCUGGUGAUUUUCGUGCUUGUUAGGAGCCUUAAGUGCCAAAGGGUGACUCUGCACAAGAACAUGUUUCUGACUUACGUUCUGAAUUCUAUCAUUAUCAUCAUCCACCUGGUUGAAGUUGUGCCCAACGGAGAGCUCGUGAAAAGGGAUCCGCCGAUCUGCAAGAUUUUGCACUUUUUUCACCAGUACAUGAUGUCGUGCAACUAUUUCUGGAUGCUCUGUGAAGGGGUCUACCUUCACACACUCAUCGUGGUGUCUGUGUUCGCUGAGGGACAACGCAUGUGGUGGUAUCAUGUCCUGGGCUGGGGGCUCCCGCUGGUGCCAACCACUGCCCAUGCUAUCGCAAGGGCACUGUUAUUCAAUGACAAUUGCUGGCUGAGUGUGGACACCAACCUGCUUUACAUCAUCCAUGGUCCUGUCAUGGGGGCAUUAGUGAUCAACUUCUUCUUUUUGCUCAACAUCGUCCGGGUGCUUGUGAAGAAAAUGAAGGAAUCCCAGGAGGAGGAAUCGCACAUGUACCUGAAGGCGGUGAGGGCCACUCUGAUCCUGGUGCCCCUGCUGGGGGUCCAGUUCGUCGUCCUUCCCUGGAGACCUUCCCACCCAGUGCUUGGAAGGAUCUAUGACUACGUGAUGCACUCUCUGAUUCACUUCCAGGGAUUCUUUGUUGCCGUCAUUUACUGCUUCUGCAACCACGAGGUCCAAGCCGCUCUGAAGCGUCAAUGGAACCAAUACCAAGCCCAGCGCUGGAGUGGCCGCCGCCGCGCCAACCGCGCCGCCAACGCUGCUGCUGCCACUGCCGCUGCCGCUGCCGCCCUGGCUGAGGCUCCUCAGAUGCCUGUCUACAUCUGCCAUCAGGAGCCAAGUAACGAGCCCACCAACAACCUAGGCGAGGAGGGGGCUGAGGUCACUGCUAUGGAGGGGGCUGAGGUCAUCACUAUGGAGGGUGCUGAGGUCAUCGCUAUGGAGGGUGCUGAGGUCAUCGCCAUGGAAAUCAUCGAGCAAGAGUCAUCCGCUUGAAUGUGACGCAAAUACAGCAUCGUGAUCACUGAGCCCUCAUUUCCUGGGAGAAAGACCGACCAUGCAUUUAAAGUGAUUUCCAUCCUCCCAGGAGCAAAAUCUCAUUUGUCCAUAGUGAACCUGAAGAAAGUUUUACUUGGUACUGUUGCUACCGGG